GUCCUGGAGUGAAACACACUGCUUUGGCAUGUCAGUAAUCACUAAUUGGAGCUUGAUGAGGAGGAGCCAAAUCAAUUAACAAUGCAAGAGUGCGCCAAUGGCAGUGCCACUCAACAAACCACACAGCAAACCCUGAUAACUGUGAUAUCUCUGAACACAUAUAGCACAACAAAACGCCUUAGCUGGAUAUUCGUUAUAAAGACAAGAUAAUUACACCGGAUGUGCUGAAACCAGCGGCUGCUGAGGAAAUCUCGUCUUCGAAAACAGACUCAAAAGACUCCCACAAACCCACGAGAAGGAGAUGUUAUCCAUGAAAAAUAUCUGAGCAGAAGAAACCCUUCAGAUGGUUGUGGCAAGUAGGUUGAGUGAUCUAUGAGGGAAUUUGGAUGAUGGCUCUGAUUGGUUUUCUGGUGGUGGCAGUAUGUGGAUCGCUGGCUGCUUGGGCGGAUCAGCUGAAGCAAGCCCGAAAGCCUUUGUUACCCCAUCGGCCAUUUGUGGUGGUGUGGAAUGCACCUACUGAAUCCUGCCGUCUGCGAUUCAAGGUGGAUUUGGACCUUAGCGUCUUCGACAUUGUUGCAAACCACAACGAGACCUUGAGUGGCCCCAACGUGACAAUCUUUUACCACAGUCACCUGGGAUACUAUCCUUACUACACCAGCUCUGGGAUUCCCAUCAAUGGAGGCCUUCCUCAGAACCAAAGCCUGAGCAAGCACCUCAGCAAAGCUCGAGCAGACAUCGACAAGCUCAUACCUUUCAAAGACUUUCAUGGGCUUGGUGUCAUCGACUGGGAAGACUGGCGACCGCAGUGGGUUCGCAAUUGGGGAUCGAAGGACAUCUACCGGAACAAAUCCAAGGAGCUUGUAAGGAAACAGCAUCCUGGUUGGCCACAAAGUAAGGUAGAGAAUGAAGCAAAGGAGCUCUUUGAGAGAAACGGACAAGUAUUCAUGAACUCAACACUGGAGCUAGCCGAGAGUCGACGACCAAAUGGCCUUUGGGGGUUUUACCUGUUUCCUGACUGUUACAAUUAUGGCUACAAGCAGCAUCCUUUGCGUUACACAGGAGAGUGUCCUAAUAUAGAGCCUGUACGCAACGAUCAUCUAAUGUGGCUGUGGAAAGAGAGUACGGCCCUCUAUCCUUCCAUCUAUCUCGACUAUGAGCUCAAGUCUUCAGCUAAUACUGUCAAAUUUGUGCACUACCGUGUCAAGGAGGCAAUGCGGAUUGCCUCUAUUGCUAGGAAUGACUAUACUCUGCCCGUUUUUGUUUAUUCCAGACCAUUCUAUGCAUACACAUUUGUUGUCCUAUCAGAGAGUGACCUGGUCCACACUAUAGGAGAGAGCGCAGCACUGGGGGCCGCAGGGGUGGUCCUGUGGGGCUCUUCUGAAUAUGCAAGAUCUCAGAGAAACUGCUUGACAGUCAAGAAGUACAUUGACGGUCCACUGGGUCACUAUGUGAUCAAUGUGACCUCAGCUGCUAAGUUGUGCAGUAAGGCCUUGUGCAAGAAGAACGGCAAAUGCAUCCGUAAGAGCCUGGAGUCUGGGGCCUACCUGCACCUCAACCCUCGCUUCUUCAACAUCCGCCUCAACCACAGCAUCCGUGGACCACGCUUCCACGUCAGCGGCCACCUCAACAACCACGAUAUCCUGGACAUGAAGCAAAAGUUCACCUGUCAGUGUUACCAGGGCUGGACAGGAAUCUACUGUGAAAUUCCUCAGAUAACACAACCUGUCCCUUCCCACCCAAGAGACAGCAUCCUGGGAGAACUACUGCUGGUCCUGUCCCUUCACUUCUCCUGUCUGUCUGUCAUCAUGUUCUUGGGUCUGUGUCUCAUUAUUAAGUGUCUGAUACUGUAAAGUGCUGUGUAGAUGGGACUGUAUCUGUUAAAUAAAAAAGACGAGGAAAUAAAGUUAAUUGUAGCUGUAUCUCAGAGACUGUAAAGUUUUGAGUCAAAUGUCUGUGUUUUCUCUAGAAGUGGUUUUGUAUGUUAAAACACAAACACAACUAGUUUAAAAAUAGAGUUAAAUUCAUUCUUAAAAUAAAAGACUGAUCUGAUGGGACCUGUGACCAUCAUACAACACAACCAAUGUAGUCCAGUUCACAAAACAAGCACUCUUGCAAAUUAGUUUUUUUAAUGACUCAAAAACAGAGAAUAUAACUAUGGUAUGUAAUUCAUAAACAAAUGACUAUUUUGAACUGGUUCCUAUCCUUGAAUCAAAAACUCACAUCAUAGCACAAACAGUGUGCUUUGUUUCAUGAACAAGUGACUCUUUUAAACCAGUUAUUUUUAAUGAAUCAAAAUAAAGCACAGUAUACCCAUA